GGCUACUGGGGAGAAAGAUGUGCAAUUCAAAGUCUUGUAUUGUGGAAUUUGCCAUACAGAUCUUCACUUUAUCAAGAAUGAAUGGGGAGUCACUAGAUAUCCUGUUGUACCUGGGCAUGAGAUUGUGGGUGUGGUGACUGAAGUCGGUACAAAAGUUGAGAAUUUUAAAGUUGGAGACAAAGUAGGAGUUGGAUACAUGGUAGGAUCAUGUCGUAAAUGUGCAAGCUGUGACAAUGAUAUGGAGAAUUACUGUCCUGGUCAGAUACCGACUGCUAAUGGUACUAACUCCGAUGGAACAGUAACGUAUGGAGGUUACUCCGAUAUCAUGGUUUCUGAUGAACAUUUUGUAGUUCAUUGGCCUGAGAAUUUGCCAAUGGAAGCAGCUCCUUUACUGUGUGCUGGGAUCACAACUUAUAGUCCAAUGAAAUAUUUUGGACUAGAUAAGCCUGGAAUGCAUAUUGGUGUUGUUGGUCUUGGUGGUCUUGGUCAUAUGGCUGUGAAAUUUGCUAAGGCUUUUGGAGCUAAAGUCACAGUUAUUAGUACCUCUAUUGGUAAAAAAGAUGAAGCUCUUCAACAUCUUGGUGCUGAUUUGUUUGUACUUAGCAGCCAGCCUCAGGAGAUUCAGGGUGCAUUGAACACAAUGGAUGGCAUUAUCGAUACAGUUUCAGCAGAUCAUCCACUUUUGCCAUUGCUUGGUAUGUUAAAGCCUAAUGGGAAGCUUGUUAUGGUUGGUGCAUAUGCAAAACCACUUCAACUGCCAGUUUUUCCCUUGCUUUUGGGAAGGAAGCUAGUGGCUGGGAGUGCUAUAGGAGGAAUAAAAGAAACUCAGGAAAUGUUAGAUUUUGCGUCAAAGCAUAAUAUAACACCAGAUGUUGAAGUCGUGCCAAUGGACUAUGUGAACACUGCUGUCGAUCGCCUACUGAAGUCUGAUGUGAAGUAUCGAUUCGUGCUCGAUAUUGGCAACCAUUCAAACUCUACUUAAGCUUAAAUCAUUUUUUGGUUCUUGAAAAUCACUGUUGAUUUUCUCAGCUCGUGUGUUAAACAAGUCUUAAUAAUAGCAUUGUCUUUGCUUAGCUCUAUAGUUGUCCAAUCUUUUAAAAAGGCUCGAGACUUUCUGGUUUGUCUUAGUAGAGAAUAACUACUCUUGUAUUUUUUUUAUUUGGCUGUGCUAUUUUAUCACAACUUCUGGUCUCGUUCCUUUAAA